UUGAUAAUAGCUAUGGUAAAUGUAGUCUUAGUCUUUGAACACUCAUAACUGAUCGAUUACAAUUUAAUUUACUUAACACUAUUAUUUUUUAUUUUUUCAAGCAUUUUAGUUUUAUACAACUUGCAAUACGUUUCUGUAACUAAAAUAAUGGGGAAAAAUAAAAAGAAGCAUUCCAAGAAAAUUAAGAAAGAAAGGUCAGUGGAAUUUGGUGGUAUUAAAAAAUCUAAACAAACUUUGGCUGAUUAUGAUCCUACAGGUCCUGUUAUUUUGUCUGGGUCUUUAUUGUCAUUUCGGGACCUCAAACCUUUUGUAAUUCCUGAAAGAGAUCUCUUGGGUAGGUGUCGUUUUGUUGCAGAGUUUGAAAAAUUAAAUAGAAUUGGAGAGGGAACUUAUGGUGUUGUAUAUCGGGCAAAAGAUUCUAAAGCACCAGGUGAAAAAAUUGUUGCCUUAAAAAAGGUUCGUAUGGAGAAUGAAAAAGAAGGUUUACCUAUGAGUGCACUUCGUGAGAUUUCAUUGUUAUUGAAAUGUGAUCAUGAAAAUGUUGUACGUCUGCAAGAAGUUUUAGUGGGUAGAAGUUUAGAUAGCAUAUUUCUUUCAAUGGAGUAUUGUGAACAUGAUUUAUCAAGCUUAUUGGAUAAUAUGGCAACUGCAUUUUCUGAAUCCCAAGUAAAAUGUAUAAUUUUACAGCUACUGAAAGGACUAAAGUAUCUACAUUCAAAUUACAUUAUUCAUCGAGAUCUUAAGGUAUCUAAUUUAUUGAUCACAGACAAAGGCUGUGUUAAAAUAGCUGAUUUUGGGUUAGCUAGAUUUUUUGGUGUUCCUCCAAAAAAAAUGACUGCAAAAGUAGUUACCCUUUGGUAUAGAGCUCCUGAGGUAUUAUUAGGAUCACCAAAAUUAACUACUGCUAUUGAUAUGUGGGCCACUGGGUGUAUCUUUGCUGAGUUGUUACUUCAUCAACCACUAUUGCCAGGACGUACUGAAAUUCAUCAACUAGAUUUAAUCUGUCAACUUCUUGGCACUCCAAAUGCGUCUAUAUGGCCUGAAUUUGACUCGCUACCUGCUCUUAAACAUUUUACUUUAAGACCACAACCUUAUAACAAUAUAAAACCCAAGUUUCCAUGGUUAUCUGAUGCUGGUAUUCGUUUGUUAAACUUUUUAUUCAUGUAUGAGCCAAGUAGAAGGGCUACAGCUGAAGAAUGUUUACAAAGCUCAUAUUUUGUUGAAGCUCCAAUACCGUGUGAUCCAAAAUUAAUGCCCACAUUCCCACAACAUCGUAAUUUAAAAAUAAAAAAACCUUCUAACCAACCUAAAGUUUGUCAGACUAUACCUCCAGUUGUACCAUCACUUUCAGAUUUGUUGAGUUGGAAGUAAUACACAAUUCAAAACAUGUUGAAAUAUUUUAUUAAAAUGCAAGGUUUUGAUAUUAACUAUUUAGUAAGAAACAAUUUCUUUUAAAGUUACUAGUAUAUUUGCAAAAUUAAUUACAUUUAAAUAUGUAAUAUUUUCAUAUUAUUUUGGCAAAAAUAAAAACUUAUUAUAAAUA